AUGGCACAGGCAGCCACGGGGGCUGCGGCGGCACCAGCACCAGCACCAGCAACAGCAACAGAUCCAAGGAGAACAAUACUCGAAGUUGAAGUCUUCGUGGCAGGAGCAGCCACCCUGCUGGUUUUGCAGCUUGUCUUUGGGCUGUGCAGGCGGCGGUCAAGCAGCAUAUGGAUCCAAGGAGCUGUGUGGCUGGCUUACACACUCUCCUUCCCUCUCGUCACCUACACAUUCGGCCUGAUGCAGUCGUCUCCGGCGAAGAGCCAGCUGUACCCUGUGUGGGCAAUGUCCUUGUUCCUAGUCGCCAGGUGCAGCAACUCCGUCACGGCCUACGAUCUUGACGAGAACAAGCACUGGAAGAAGCAACUCUUCGAGCUGGGCCAGCAGUACGUCUACUCUGGCCUCAUCUUCCUGCUGCUGUAUCCUAGGCUCCUAGCCACCUGUCUGUCAUUCUGCUACUUCCUGCUCACCAUCAUCACCCUCACUAAUCUGUUCAGAGUCAUUGCCUGCUGGAUGGCAACCUUCUCUGAUCCCAGCAAAGUAGUCGCUGACUACAUGAGGGAUCUGGUCAGCUCGGGAGGCGCUCAUCAGCCACUGCAGAGGUCUGAGGGCAACUCUGAGUCUGACCCUAUCAGGAUGCAAGGCGGCAGGUACCUUGUUCGGUUGUAUGGUUACUUCCUCAACACUCAUGGUGCCAAAGCCCACAGUUACAGGACUAAGCUAGCCAAUGAGGAUAUUGUUACCGUCGACAUGAUCUGGGAGAACUGCAGUGAUAGGCUGUUCAACGAUCCAAGCGGUGGCUUGCAGUCAAAAGAUGUGUGCCUUUCAUUUGCCUUGUUUCACCUGCUGAAGCGCUGCUACUUCGGGAUCAACUGCUACGAGGCCGGUCGCCAGGAAACACGUGAUUUUAUACUCAGGGGUCUCCUGGCGUCAGAGGAUGGCAAAAGAGCAUUCCGGAUCAUCGAGGUAGAGCUGGCCUUCCUCUACGAUUUCUUCUUCACCAAGUAUGCAUCCAUCUACAAGAACGAGAUUUUCUUCUUUGUCAUGUUCAUCUUGAAGACCGUAUUCAUUGUCAUCCUCGGAGUAUUUGUGCACCGGAACUUCCUAAGUCUCAAGACACAAAGCCCUAUCAUUCCAGUUAAAACUGCAGAAGCUGAUACAUUGAUCACACUUGCAAUCCUGGGGGCACUAUUUGUUGUGGAGAUACCGCAAACCAUGCUCUAUCUGGUAUCAGACUGGGCCUUGGUAUCCCUGGCAUGCUAUUAUGUGAGGAAAGGACCACGCAGAGGCUUCAUGUACUCUCUUCUUAGUAAGUUUAUCCAUGUCCUUAGAAGAAACCCAAGCUUAUUCAAGUAUUGGCAGAACAAGAUAGGCCAGUACUCGAUUUGGACAUGCUGGUACUGCCAUAGCAUUGUGCACGAAGUGAGGCUGCCAGAUGCCGUGAAGCGUGAGAUUGCUUCAUCCCUCAAGUCCACUGCUGCUGAGGGUGUUCAUCUAACCAACGGAGAAGCAUCGCUGCGGCGUUAUGGAGUGUUCAUUAGCCAGUUUAAGGACACACUGAAAAGGGAGGACUGGGACCUGACAGACACCAUGCUGAUAUGGCACAUCGCGACCAACUACCGUGAGAUUGUGGAGACGAGUCAGGACUACUCUGGCCACGAUAAUGAAAAACUCAAGCAGUACCGUGAGGUUGCCACCAGCUUAUCCAGGUACUCUGCAUACCUGAUGGCCUCUGUCCCGGGACUGCUCCCCGGCAACCCUGCAGAUACCAGCUUCACAUUUGACAAGGUGAUGCAAGAAGCGACAGUGGCGCUGUACCGGGAUCAGGAGGAUGAUGUUCGCGAGCGCGCAAGAGCAGACAGACAUGCCCUGGAGAAGGCUUUGACAGAGCUCUCAGAAUCAUCAGACCAGGAGAAUGAAAAUAAUGGCACCAUCUUCUUCAAAGGGUUGAAGCUUGGGAAGGAGCUGGAGGAGUGCAUACGAGACGGAGAGCUCCGUUGGAAGGUGUUGGCCGAGUUCUGGGCAGAGAUUAUCCUCUACGUCGCACCAUCUGACAAUGUCAGAGGGCACGUCGAGAAGCUCGCUAAUGGCGGAGAGUUCAUAACCCACAUUUGGGCUCUCCUCUCUCAUGCCGGCAUCCUGACCCGGCAUCCCAGGCAACAGGAAUCAUCUCACACAUGA